CAGGCGUGAAGCUCUAACCUAAAGGACGCUGGGCGUAGAGCCUAUAUAAUAGCUCUCACUUCUCGAUAGACAAUCCCUCUCCCUCACCAUCAUCCAUCCAUCAAACUCUACCACGAAUCACAAUGUCCACCCCCGACGCUCUCGUCGCCGCAUCCCAAGACCGCAAAGCGCGCCUCGCUCAACUCAAAUCCCUCAAGCGCAAACAAGCACCCACCGAUGACACCCACUCAUCCCCCCCACCCACCACCACUACCGCCCCCCCCUCCUCCUCCUCCGCCCAGCUCUCCCCAGCCCUAGUCCAAACCUCCUCCGACCCUGCCGCUAAAUACCUCUCCGGGCGAAACUACGACCCCGAAACCCGCAAUGUGAAGCUAGGCUUCGAGACCGCGCCAGUAGGCGAUAAGACCAACACGCUCGAAUACAAAGCUCAGCAACUCGCGCUAGAGGCGAAGAAAGCGGAGGCAGAGGAACGCAAAGAGGAGAAGCCGUUGGAUUUGUUUAAGUUGCAGCCAAAGAAGCCCAAUUGGGAUUUGAAGCGCGAUUUGGAGGCCAAGUUGAAGACGGUAGAUGUGUGGACGGAGAACGCGAUUGCGAGGAUUGUGAGAGAGAGAGUGGAGGGGCAGAAGAUGGCGCGGCUGGUGAAGGAUGCAGAGAAGCGUGCGGGUGGUGAUGCCGAGGGCGAGGAGGUGGGUAUGGAGGGGAGUGAGCUGGUGGGGGCGAUGCAUUUGAAGGAGAGAGAGGAGGAGGCCGACAGGAAGAGGGAUCAGGAGGAUGAGGAGGGGGAUGUGAGUUGAAGGGAACAUGGGUGGCCGAGUUCAACUACAUUCGAUCAACCUCGGAUAUGCAUUGGCAAGACCACGCUCGAAUUCUCUAGACGAGUGGUCUAUUGUGCACCCAAGCGUCAAGGCGAAGGAACUAGCAGCGAGGAUGGAGGAGGCACACAUCUGUCACGGUCAGGCAAGGACGGGCGCAAGAGAUGCUUGAAGAUACCCAAAUUGGCACAUCGUACUCUUAGGGUAUCGAUCUAAUCCGACAACGUAGAAUAGCAUCAUUGAAGCCCCGAACUGAG